AUGUGCAAGGCGACUUUGGUGCGAGGUCUGAUCGAUCCUACGGCGCACGAGGUCGAGAAGGCCAUUGCUGCCGAACUUCUGGGCUACUUUUCCAUCGCGUUCGCACUCCUCGGAGCCAACGGGGUCCUGCCGGCCCCAGCCCUCCUUGAAGGCCCUGUCAAGCUCGCCUUGGGCCAGAGUGAAGCCGUCACGGUCGAAAAGCUCCUUCCAGCCGUUUUCGUUGCUGUCGAUGACGCUUCGCCAGCGUUUCGACACCUGCGCUGCACGGCAGAGGUCACGGGGGGCCAGAUAGGAGAGGAUGUGCAGUGUUAG